GCCCUUCUCGCAUCCUCUUCUCGCCUGCCGCUCCCCGUUCUGAUCUUUUUUCUCUUGCUCUUACUCUUCCUCCGCUGCCGCCGCCACCCCAUCGCCUCCACUCACCGUCUCCCUUAUCCUCACAUCCCUCGUUCCUUCUCAUCCCUCCCUAGCUCACUCCCAUUGGCAUUUCGCUGCCAGUCCCUGGCUGUUUGUCACCCUUCUGGGUUAAUCAAGUUGAUAGGUCCGAGCCUCAAAAGGGCUGACUGGUCCAUUGACAUGGAGGGCUUUGAUACUAUGGCCAUGCCUUACCUGGCUAGCCCGCUUUCCCUGAGCAAUCUCCAGGGGACCGAUUACCUUCAUCCGAUGCCUGGUAUAGACAUGCCUGACCAGCGAUCAACUUUCGAGUCGGAAACCUUCGUUAGCGAGGACAUUGCAUUUACUCAACAUGGUGUACCACCUGCAAGCUUGAAACGCUUUUCGUCGGACUAUCAGGAUCCCUUUACAGACAUAGUGGCACCCUUUGAUCCUGCCCCGCCAGAGCAACUUCCCGACUCUUCUAUCGACCACAACAACAAGCUCCUAAGCUUUUCUCUCCCGGCAUACAGUUUUACAUUGCUGGACUACUCAUUACGGCGCACCUCGGUCUCUCUUGCGGCUCAGCUGCAUGGCAUGUUCUUCCUCGCUGAGUCGCCAUGGACCACCUCGCCCACAGAGAAUGCCCCACCACAGCAAGGAGCGGAGCUAACAUGCUAUCGGCGAAAUCUCUUUCAAAUAACGGGCUCGGUGACCCUACCGCGAAGUCUAAGAUACAUUAUGACGGAGCAAGGCGACCGGAUACCCAUCCUUGCGCAGGAAUUGACUGUCUCUGCUACCGAAUCGGUCGAGGGCAACUCGGUGAAGAUCAUUUCAGUGCCUUGGAAAACACCUUCUGCAAGCCAGAACCAAUCGACAGAGGAUGCCGCAGUCCCAACCAACGGUGGGAUUGCCAACUCUAGCAACGCCAAUCCCAAAGUUGAGAAAGAGCCGCCUCCAAUCCCCUUGGACAUCAUGGCUGGCCAGGAUCUCGAUACCGACUAUGCAACCUUCCCAAUCGCAUGGAAGCGACUGCAAUUCCGGGUUGCGACUGCCAAUAAUGGUCGCAGAAAAGAGCUUCAACAGCACUUUGUCGUUCGGCUAAAAGUUAUCGCCACCCUUUCCACUGGUGCUAGAGUUCCCAUCUGCGAAGUGCAUUCAGGCCCUGUCAUUGUCCGGGGCCGUAGCCCCCGCAAUUUUCAAUCUCGCAAAGACCUGCCUCUGAGCGGUAGUGCGGCUGCAUCCCGCAAGAAUACCCAACCCGCUACUGUGAACCGGACACCGACAAGUGAUUCGGCACCGUCUUCAAAUCUAACCCCAGCAAAAGCCAAGGCGACGGUCAAAAGCAGCUCACCCGAGACAACAGUCUCUCAGGGCGGUAUUGGCCCACCACCGGCUUCCGCCGACUGGACACAGAUCUCGCCCGCCGUGGGAGGAACAAUUUCCGCACCAUUGCCCCAAUCAUCUGUAUAUGCCCAGUCGAGUCCGGACUUCCCGCGGCCUUCGGAUACACAACGACACCCAAGUAAUGUUUCGGCUCCUAUCAAUCUGUCUCUAUUCGACGAUGAAGAGGCCGCGGAAACCGUCAACUUUCAUGAUACAGCUAGAGCAGCUUCAACGUACAGCAAUGACGUGUCGCAUAGAAAUCCUAUUAUAGACGCCACUGCGCCCCCGGCAAAAAUGCGAAAACUCUCCCAUGGCCUGCCCCAAGCGCCAUCUCGAUCUGCGUCUUCGUCACUGCCCCUAUUAGAUAGUACGAACAUGCAGCAACCGUUUGCGUCUACACUCCCCUUCCCUAAUGAAAGUGCUGAUAUGUUGUAUGAAUACUUUCCUUUAGGGUUGGAUGAUUGGCAGGCACCGGUUGAUGCUGUAUACCGACCGCAUGUAGUCCAUCACACCAACUUGCCUGAGGUCAAAUUUGUGGCUGCACGCGGAAGAAGCAAGCGAUAUUUCGCUGCAGAAGACGUUUUUUAAUGGGCAUAGUCUAUUAUGAAGCGGUAUAUGCUACUCCCAGAACUGAAAGCGGAAGGGAGGGAAAGCUCUCCCCCCCUCCCCCCAAUCCCAAAGUUGCCGUGGACGA